UUUUCACUUUACAAUCACCACAACGAUCACCUACCUAUACACAACAUGAUACCGCCCUCAUUACGAAGUGCAUCUUCUGCACUUAGGACGAUCACACGUCCGUCAAUACGAACAAGGAGGUUGUUUACUUCUUCUUUCUUUCUUGCUACUUUUUGCGGUGCAAUCGUUACUGUAAGCUUGACGACUAUUUUACCUUGUCCGGCACGGGUUGGACCAGGUCAAUACAGAAGUAGAGAGAACAGGAGAGCAUCUGAAGAAGCAUCUGCUUCGGCAGCAGCUACAGAUUCACUACGGCAAGGUGAACGAAUUCAUUUGACAAAGAAGGGAGGUUGGAUAGAGAUCGAUAAAGGAAUAACGGGCAGUGCUGCUUAAGACACCUGCGCUUCUAGAACACAAUUGUAUACUAUAAUACCAACAUUUCAUUCAUGUAAUAACAAUGCAAACUUUUAACUUUUCUAAUGAUUUAAUUUCGGCAACUGAGAGGCAUGGG